CUCCGGCAGGGGAGCCAGGGGGAAAGCGCUCGCAAUCACAUGAGGCCCGGGCCCGCCCCAUUGGCUGCGGCCGAGCCAGUCGCGGCGCUCGCCGGCAGCGGUUGGUCCCGGAGCUGCAGCGCCUGCACGGGCCCGGAGUCCAUGUUACGCUUUGUCUAAUUCCCCUCGUUACAGAGUCAUGUGCUGCUGCUCUCGUCGCCGCCGCUGCCGCUGCCGCUGCCGCUGCCGCCGCCCGUGGUGCCCCGGCUCCUCCGCCGCGCUUCGAGGUGGCAGCCGCGGGCGGGGCCACGGGAGCAGGGUCCAGGGCGCAGCGCGCCUUCGCCUCCCGGGCGCGUCUCCGAGCUGCCGCCGCCCGCCGCAGGUGAUGCCGCCGCCUUCCGUCUCCGCAUAAGCCUCAGCUCGGCGGCCAAGCGGCCCCGGCUGCCCCGCAAGGAAUGUUUACCCUUGCAGAAGUUGCUUCACUCAAUGACAUUCAGCCAACUUACCGAAUUCUGAAACCAUGGUGGGAUGUGUUUAUGGAUUACCUGGCAGUCGUUAUGUUGAUGGUAGCCAUCUUUGCAGGAACGAUGCAACUUACCAAAGAUCAGGUAGUCUGCUUGCCAGUAUUGCCAUCUCCUGUAAAUUCGAAGGUAAACACACCACCAGGAAAUGCCGACCUUACCACUAACAUCCCGAAGACAGAAGCCACUGACCAAGAUCUUGAUAGGUGGACAACAAGUGACAUUUCUUUUGUUACAUCUGCUGUGACACCUGACAUACCUCUCAGUGCCACAUAUCCUCACACAGAUUCCACAUUACCAAAUCAGGAAACAAAGAAAGAGAAAAAAGAUCCAACAGGUCGAAAAACAAACUUGGAUUUUCAGCAAUAUGUAUUUAUUAAUCAGAUGUGUUACCAUCUGGCCCUCCCAUGGUAUUCUAAGUACUUUCCAUACCUUGCUCUUAUCCAUACUAUUAUUCUCAUGGUCAGUAGCAAUUUUUGGUUCAAAUAUCCCAAAACAUGCUCAAAAGUAGAACAUUUUGUUUCAAUAUUAGGAAAGUGCUUUGAAUCCCCUUGGACUACAAAAGCACUGUCUGAAACAGCGUGUGAAGACUCAGAGGAAAACAAGCAGAGAAUAACAGGUGCCCAGACUUUACCAAAGCAUGUGUCUACAAGCAGUGAUGAAGGGAGCCCCAGUGCUAGUACCCCAAUGAUCAACAAAACUGGUUUUAAAUUCUCAGCAGAGAAGCCUGUGAUUGAAGUCCCCAGCAUGACUAUCCUGGAUAAAAAAGAUGGAGAACAGGCCAAAGCCCUGUUUGAGAAAGUGAGGAAGUUCCGUGCUCAUGUGGAAGACAGUGACUUGAUCUAUAAACUGUAUGUGGUCCAAACAGUUGUCAAGACAGCCAAGUUCAUUUUUAUUCUCUGCUACACCGCAAACUUUGUCAAUGCCAUCAGCUUUGAGCAUGUCUGCAAGCCCAAAGUUGAGCACCUGACAGGUUAUGAAGUGUUUGAGUGUACCCACAAUAUGGCAUACAUGCUGAAAAAACUUCUUAUAAGUUACAUAUCCAUUAUUUGCGUGUAUGGUUUUAUCUGCCUCUACACUCUCUUCUGGUUAUUCAGGAUACCUUUGAAGGAAUAUUCCUUUGAAAAAGUCAGGGAAGAAAGCAGUUUCAGUGACAUUCCAGAUGUUAAAAAUGAUUUUGCGUUCCUUCUACACAUGGUAGACCAGUAUGAUCAGCUAUAUUCCAAGCGUUUUGGUGUGUUCCUAUCAGAAGUGAGUGAAAACAAGCUUAGGGAAAUUAGUUUGAACCAUGAAUGGACUUUUGAAAAGCUCCGGCAGCAUGUGUCACGCAACGCCCAAGACAAGCAGGAGUUACAUCUCUUUAUGCUGUCAGGUGUGCCUGAUGCUGUCUUUGACCUCACAGAUCUGGACGUGCUCAAACUUGAACUGAUUCCAGAAGCUAAAAUUCCUGCAAAGAUUUCUCAAAUGACUAAUCUCCAAGAGCUCCACCUCUGCCAUUGCCCUGCAAAAGUUGAACAAACUGCUUUUAGCUUUCUCCGGGAUCACUUAAGAUGCCUUCACGUGAAGUUCACUGAUGUGGCUGAAAUUCCUGCCUGGGUGUAUUUGCUCAAGAACCUUCGGGAGUUAUACUUGAUAGGCAAUUUGAACUCUGAAAACAAUAAGAUGAUAGGACUUGAAUCUCUCCGGGAGUUGCGGCACCUUAAGAUUCUCCAUGUGAAGAGCAAUUUGACCAAAGUCCCCUCCAACAUUACAGAUGUGGCCCCACAUCUUACAAAGUUAGUCAUUCAUAAUGACGGCACUAAACUGUUGGUACUGAACAGCCUUAAGAAAAUGAUGAAUGUUGCCGAGCUCGAACUCCAGAACUGUGAGCUAGAGAGGAUUCCACAUGCUAUUUUCAGCCUCUCUAAUUUACAGGAACUAGAUUUGAAAUCAAAUAACAUACGCACAAUUGAGGAAAUCAUCAGUUUCCAGCACCUAAAACGCCUGACUUGUUUAAAAUUAUGGCAUAAUAAAAUCGUUACUAUUCCUCCUUCCAUCACCCAUGUCAAAAACCUGGAGUCACUUUAUUUCUCUAACAACAAGCUUGAAUCUUUACCCGUGGCGGUGUUUAGUUUACAGAAACUCAGAUGCUUAGAUGUAAGCUACAACAACAUUUCAAUGAUUCCAAUAGAAAUAGGAUUGCUUCAGAACCUGCAGCAUUUGCAUAUCACUGGGAACAAAGUGGACAUUCUGCCAAAACAGUUGUUUAAAUGCGUUAAGUUAAGGACUUUGAAUCUGGGGCAAAACUGUAUCUCCUCCCUCCCAGACAAAAUUGGUCAGCUCUCCCAGCUCACUCAGCUGGAGCUGAAGGGAAACUGCUUGGACCGCCUGCCAGCCCAGCUGGGCCAGUGUCGCCUGCUCAAGAAAAACGGGCUCGUUGUGGAAGAUCAUCUUUUUGACACCCUGCCACUCGAAGUCAAAGAAGCAUUGAAUCAAGACAUAAAUGUUCCCUUUGCAAAUGGGAUUUAAACUGAGAAUAAUAUGUGCACAUCCAUGUGCAGGAACAACUUCCUAGAUUACAGAUGCCCACAUACAAGUUAUUGCAAGAUAAUGUGUUUUAGGAGUAGAUACAUCUUUUAAAAUAAAACACAGAGAGGAUGCAUAGAAGGCUUUUAGAAGACAUAACCGAAUGUCCAAUGUCUGUAGUGUUUUAGGUCAUUCAUUUCCAGAUCUAUUUUCUUUUUUUUUUUUCUUUUGGGGCAAAGGGAAGAGAAAAAUUAUAGUCACUAAUCUUUAUUUCUUUUUAAAUUGUUUGGAACUUGGAUGCUGCCGCUACUGAAUGUUUACAAAUUGCUUGCCUGCUAAAGUAAAUGAUUAAAUUGACAUUUUCUUAAUAUA